AUGACGGAUCGCCUUCCAGUCAGGCCAAAUCCCCUUGGCUGGGAUGCCAUGAAAGGGCACUGGUGGCAAUUUAUAUUUAUUGGAGUACUAUUGCUCACUAUCACUAUCGGCACUGCAUCGAUCAUAUAUUCGGGAGUAAGAAGAAUUAUCAAAUACUAUAAGACAAAACCGCCAUCCGAUGCUGUCUCUUCAAACGUCUUGAACCGUCUCAGCAAACUAGCCAACCGAGAACUUAACUUGGUUGAUACCCGUUCGCCCAAGGGAAAGCCCGCAAGCUUUGGAGUAUAUUUGGGAAGCUUUGAAAACCCACCUACCGCCUCGCAAAAGAGGCUAUUGCGAGAAUGGGACGUCUUGAUUGUGGACCCGUUCAAAACGGGUGUUGCCCAAGCUAUUUUGAGACACCAGCACAGUCAGGUGCUGGGACGUGUUGAUUUCGCCAAGAUACUAUCCCAAAAGGCGUCCCCCUUGGCUAUCAUUGAAAAGGUCGAAGAACUGCUAGCAAGCAGUUUCCACGAUUCUGCAUUUUCUGGCAUUCUGUUCGCCAACUGGGAAAAUGUGCUACAGCCUACCGCCCGGAGAAAGCUGCUAGAGGCUGUCAGCAGCCUCGGUCUGGCAGUUUACCUCGAAACGGAGGCCCCGAAUUUCCUGAAGGAUCGAAAGGCCGUGCAAAGCGAUGCCGUCGCUGGCUUGGUCAUUCGCAACGCCAGCAUCAUGCCCCAGGGCGACAAGCGGGACUACUUCCAAAUGACCGAGCUACAAGCAACCAUCAAGGCAUUUGUUUCCGAGUCUUGUAUGCGAGACUUUGUCGUUAUGGCCUGGGAAACAGUCGAUGACAAUGCGACUAUUCCAAAUGCCAUCGUUCGCCGGUCUAUUCAGUGGUGCGGUUUCUACAGCGCAAUUACAUGGAUCGGCACCGAAUCUGCCCUUCACGACGCAGACUUGAACUGUUCGACCCUCGAACCUCUGCCGGCUUUCGGCUGGCUAAAGGAAGCGGAAAUGAUGAAAGCCCACGAUAUCUGGCGUGCCAACCUGAACAUUCUGCCUUCGCCCGAUAGCAAGGAUGGCUGGGAUGUUCUCAAGCCGGUUUUCUCCACUGUGGAUGCACUGCUCGAUUCGUCGGAAUACGACUCCAAAGCUCCAGAUAGUCCGACUGCCCGAGUUCGCGAUCCUCCAGAGUGGGUCGCACAGGUCAAAUCACAGGGCAGCCCUCUCUCUAUCUCGAUGUCAGGAAUGGCCUACAACUCCCUCGGUUGUUUCCCACUCGGUGCUGACUCCACGCCACUGGCCUUUGCGGAAAUCGUUCAGUCUCAACAACGUCUCAAAGCCCUCAACCUGCUUCAUCCUGUUCCUACGGCAAAGAUCCAGAGCAUUGGAAUCCUCUUGCGUCAAUUCUAUGACUCUCUGGACCUCUCACAUGAUGACCACCACCUGGCAGGUUCAAUCAAAGAACUUGCUAACUGGGCAUCUAAAGAUACUUUGCGUGUCAACCUUUGUCUCGAUUCCGGUCUACGCAAGAGCUCCGAUUUCCGCUUCUGGUCUGUGUUCGAAAUGGACAACGACGACGGUAUUGAGAUCUACGUAUCAAAGAAUGCGCAGGGAUUGGCUGGUACUAUUCUUCACACCUACCUUUCGGCUAAAGGAUUCCCUCGGCAUGUCUGUUUUGAUGCAGAAGCGACUUUUGCAACCUGGUCCCAGGAUGUUUCCCCGGAGACUGGCCUGCCUCGUCGACUGAUUCAAGAUAUCGAUGUUCUCAGCCCCGAAGAGCGUCUGCUCCUCCUGCAGCAUUUGUCUCUCACUGACGUCCAGAGCGAGCUUUCCGACGUUAUCUGCGCCUACAUUCGCAAGCAACUCGUGGAUGCUCCUUCCUUUGCCCAAUUGAAAGCUCUCAACACCGUUGGAUAUCUUGAAGAGUCUACCUCUGCUGAGGAAUUGAUUACAUCUCGGAUCAACUGGUACAUGGACCAAGGAUGCAGUCACCCCUCGCUGAACGUUUGCCUUGAUCUUUUCCGCCAAGUCGAGAGCGUCCUUUUCGAUGUUCUGAGAAACCGCCGUGAAGAUGAGCUUGCUGCUAUCACUAGUGGUCUCUGCUCGCUUCUCCAGGGCGGCUCCGUUGACGCCUAUGUGGAUAUGAUGGCCCUCGCAUUGUUUUGUGCUGCGAGAAAAGGUGCAUUUGAUGAGAUCUACGCGGAAGUGACAGAUCGCAAUCCUCUCUUCAACAACCACCCAGACCAAGCUGCUGCUUUUGCUGAGUCUUUUGCCCUUGGAUCUCGCUGUGAAGCAUACUUUGACGUGUCUCCCAGUGUGUUCGGAAAGCUGCUUUCCGACCGAUUCAGAGCUUAUUAUAACCACCACCAGCCGCCGAAUUGGGCGAACGGUGCUCCUGUACUUGCUACUUCCUACGCCGGAGCGCAGAUCGAUGUAAAUCCCGAUGAGCAACCGAAGGCUAUGCGUGGCUAUCAGCGUUUCACUUUCUUGAGUGUCUUCGCCAUUCCAGCUUUGAUCGAUAUCAUCCUCCUUACUAUGAUUGGCCGUGGCCUUUAUCUCUCUGCUGCCAUGUCCUACGAAGAGCAAGACAGUGCAACCAUGGCGUUGAUGAUUUCUUUGCUUCUUUCUGGUGCAAUUGGUACCUGGAUUGCAUGCGGUGGCCCUUACUACCUCAUUUCGAUGGCCUUCGCAGCGGCGAACAUGUUCGUCCUCAUCCGCCUGAUUGCUGGUAUCGCUUUCACUGUGGCUGGUGGAUUGGUUGGCUUCAUCGCCAUUUCCGGUGUCCGGGGCCCUCGCGCUGGUAUAAUUUUCUACCUCUAUUUGAUCGCCCUGACAAUCUACUUUUCGACCUUUGCCUCCCUUGCAAGCUUCAGUUAUCCAGGUUCGACAUUUUUGUCAGGUCGCAAGCCAAUCAUCUACUGCAUUCCUAUCCUGUUCUUGUCGCCGAUCAUCACGGCCUGGGCCGGCCAUGACUCCGUCAUCUAUCUCGCCAUCAUCUAUGUCUUCAUCGGUGUGCUUUUGCUUUGUCUUCGUAACGUGACUUCCAAGUGGGUUACCUGGUAUCAGAGUGUUCGACGCACUGAUGAUACUGAGAUCCGAAAAUGGUACAUCACUGCCUAUGGAAACGAUGAUGAAAAGGUCUUUGCGGGUUUGAGCGACCCAGCUGCCCUCAAGCUGGCCAGAGAAGCCCUAUCAAAGGAUGUCAUCGCCGAGACGAGCCGUGGCAUUUUCUCCAAGGCAUCCAAAGAUAAAAUGGUUGUUGAGCUCGCCAAAGACUGGGAGUCAACCAACUUUCUUCUCGACUGGUACUGUCGUCAUGCAGAUGUUCCCCGUCCCAUUCCUUUCAGCUCAGGUUGGAACAUUCAGACCAAGGUCGCGCUCGACACUCUGCGCAACUCCCAGAAAGGUCUGCGUCUGCACAACGCAUUUGUUCACUGGCGCCAGUCCAGCAAGGAGAUUGGAUGUGGUGUUCUCUACUUCGUGAUCGCACUUCUCGACAGAUGGGUACAACUCCUUAGCGGCGAUCAUAUGCUCGGUCUUGCUGGCGCUAGUACUGUGGGUGUUGGGGUUAGCCCUUCCAACGAUUCCAACGCUUCCAAGGAUAACAACGAUGCCAACCGAUUGGCUGUCGGUUUUGCCCUUGCUUACUAUCUGAUUGGAGCUGUGCUCAUUGACACUAAAGCUCAAGAAUUGCACGAUGCUCUCGGUAGCAAAGCCCCUAUCUGUGUCAAGUCUGCAAAGGAUAUUAGAAUCGCUCAGAAGAAAGAGAUUCAACUCCGCCGAAAGGUCUACUGGCGGGUUCUGUUCAGGUUCCUCUUGUGGCACGUCUGGAGUUUGGCACUUGCUACCGCUCUCAUUUGGACAUUCCAGGAAUCGAAGCAAGGCUUUAUCAUCUUCUUCUCUUAUAUUUUGGCCUACACUGGUUUGAUCUGGUAUCAAUACACGAAGAUCUUCACGGGUCCUCACGCGCUGAAGCCUCUUCUCAUUGGUAUCUGCAUCGGUUUGCCUCUCGGAAUUGCGUUGAAUGUUUGCGUGCCUCAUUUCCAGUACGGCCCAAUCAUCGGACUCGGAACUGCCACUUGGACUGUCGCCAUCCUCUCGGUAUGGCACUCCAAGAUGGGUAUGCCAAACAAGGUGGACUCGCCGAUUGAACUUGGCCGGACUUUCCACGCUUUCACUACCCCGUGGUCAGACCCCGAGUGGUCCCAGCAGGAACUGCAAACUUUCUUUGAAAGCUACUUGCUGCUGCCUUCGGACUCGCGGUUCAAGCUGAACCCUGCUGUUCAUCCUGGUGUUGAAAUCAAGAGUGCUCUGCUUUCACGCAGAGAAGAGCUCAGGAUUGAGGAGGCAUUCCCCUUCUCAAAUAAUAUUGUCAACACUGCGAUCUCUUCGUGGGAAAAAGGCGACAUUGUCAUUGAGCUUGUCUCUCCUGGCUCUCUUGGCCCUGGCAUUCGUGCCUUGAGCUGCAGUAGUACGGGAACGAACCAAUUGAAGUUAGCCAUCACCGUCGGCGGCCUAUUGGAUGAGCGUCUCGAUAUCAGUGCAAACUGCCAAAUCAUUGCUGAGACUUUGCUCCAUGCUGUCACAGAGCUGAUGAUGGGUGUUCCUCACGAAUAUGCAUCGCUUGCAGGAUCAAUUGUCUCCGGAGGUGUCACGCACACAAUGGCUCGCCAGCUACGCGAGGAGGCUAACACCUCUACAGUUGUGCGCUGGGCUAAGAAGGAACUUCUUCGUCAGCUGUGUCUAGGAUUCGAGGCUGAUAUCCACUGGGAUAAGCUGCCGACCGAAGUGCGUGAUGUAUUGCUGAAGCGUUGCCUGGGACAACAAUGCAGUCUUUCCAACAGCCAACGGCAGUGGCUUCAGCAGAGUCUUUGCAAAUUUGACACUGAUGACCUUGAUAUUCAUGUUGCCCGUUGCAAUCUCGGAGCCGCCACUGCUAUUAGUGUCCUGGACUACGCUCAUUGGGGAACUGGCGAAGCAGCUCUUCCAAAGGAACCUGAGACUUCAAAGUACAUUCCCUACAUGCCCCGAAAGCUUCCUUUAGCCUUGUCGAUGGUCAGGUCCCCCGCAAGCUAUGUCUAUCACAAGCUGGGAACAAUGGUCAAGUUCUUCGUUGUGGCUUUGGUCGCAGAUCCAGAGUUCCAGAGAGAAUUCAACUACGUCACUCAGAACCUCCCAACGGUUGUUCGUGUUCCCACUGUCUUUUUGAUGAACAUGAUUUGGGUCUAUUCCAAGCUUAUGCAAGAUUUCUGCUUGUCUUUCUUUUUGUUCCAUGGUCGCCAGAACGUCAAGCGACUCUGGGAGGAAACCAAGGGCAUGACAAUCCACAUCAAGAAAACCCGGGUCAUUGUUCAGAGUCUGGAGGGUACCUUUACAGCCUUCAGGCACCACGAAAUCGAUGGUGGCUUCAAGAUCUACCACUACGCUGGCGAGCACAAGACCGAGCCCAAGGAGGUCAAGUCUCUCAAAUACGUCAGCACCUACUCAGGUGAAAUGCAUCUGCUUGUCAAGCAGGAAUUCAAGGACGGCAAGGUGACCAACGAAUACCACUACGAUUACCAAUCCCCGAGCAAAAAGGCCUUCAAACUCGGAAGCAAGUCUUCUUCUCGCAUUCCCUUGGGACGCCGUUGCGUGUCUGGACCCAACCAUCUACAAAGUGUCCAGUAUAACCGCAAGGGUCUCAUCGAAUCCGGCUCCUACAUGAAGGACGGCAAUCUUAUCCGCUUCAAGUAUCAUUAUCGCAAGAAUCCUCGCUUUGGUGAUGAGUUGCUACGUGCCGAGUUCGUCCUGUCUCAUAUCAGCUGCACGGUGUCUUGGUGUGCGGCUCCCCGCCGCCACCCCGAGAAGGUCGAGCGCUGGAUUCCCCACUCCAAGGUUACCGAGGCUAGCUUCGUGCAAGGUGCCGAUGUCUAUGAGAGUCGCUGGCUAUAUGAUCACAAGUUCCAUCCCACAAUCUUCACCACUAUCAACGGGCAAAAGAUACAGACCCCGCCUAUGAUUGAGCACGAUUAUCUGGGUGUCCUGGCCAAGCCCAAGUACACCAGCUUUGUGCAUGACAACCCCUUCUUCUACUGUGACAGCCUUCAAUCAAACCUGCUUACUCGAACCUUGGGAAUGACCAAGAAGCGUUUUGUGGUUUCAACUUCCCGAGCUCGUUCGUUGAUGUGGAAGGCGUGGAAGGACCGCGUUGACUUUGAUGCUAUCAUUGUCCGCUGGAUGGAUGACCGCAUUCUACGUAGAGACAAGGUUCUCGCUCCUUACUGGCGCAGCCGUGAUUGGGGCAACCUUGGAUCUGCAAAGAAGUAUAUGGAUCUCCGUGCCGAUGCGAUCAUGGCCAGUGCCGAUUUGGAUGACAAUAUUUCCAGCUGGACACCACUCGCUGUGAAGAUUACUGAUUUGCUCAACUUUGGCCCUGGUGGUGACGCUGUUGUCAAUACUCGCUCAAAGAAUUUCGGUACCGAUACUGACAAGACACUCCAUGUCAUGGCAGCUGAUAAUGGCACUUGGCCAAAUGAAGGUGGUGGUGUCUCCGCUUGUCGGCGAGACAUGAUCAACUCUCUGCGAACUAUCAAGUGGCACAUGAUCUGUGAGUCUGCAAACGACUUUGGCGUCCCCAAGCAUCAGACCGAGCAGAACAUCCAGUCUCUCAAGCUCAUCCCACUUUGGGGUAUGGAUUUCCUCACUCCGACUCACGGUCUGUUCCAUAACAAGUUGGAUGCUGAGGUUGAGAAUGUUACUUCUGCGAGCGAGUUUGACAUCAAGAUGAACUUCAUUCCGAUUCUUACCGCUUUGGUCAAGGGCGCUCGCGCUGUUCACCUGUCUAAAUCCGACAUUCACCAAGCAACUCGAGCGCUGGUCAACCUGAACACAUACUUCCAGGAGUCCCGUCAUUGGACCCAAGUGUGGAACAGCGAGUUGGUGAAGCAGAGUUGGCGCGAGCUAUGGCUUACUCAGGAAAUGUCGAACACUAUGCCAUCAUCCGAAUGGUUUGAUACCGAGCUUCCCACCCUGGCAUCUCUAGAUGUCGCCCUGGAGCUCUGGUACCGCUACCUCUUCAUUUUCUCGAUCCCGGUUCCUGAGAAGAUUCCUUCCACGUUCCAAGCCUCGCAUCACAGUGUCAGUGCCUCUUACGGUGUUGUAUGCAAGAUCAAGCGCAAUUGUACCCUUCAAAUUUGGGAUCAUGCCAUCAGUUGGCGUGAAACCAAUCUUUGCCUGUCGUCCGCUCUGUGCAAGCUCUCGCCCUUCGUUCGGAACGCUCUCCUCGGAUUGAUGCGCAUUACGUCUGUUUUGACUCUCCACCACGCAGAUAUCAUUCUUCCCUGUGCAGACUUCUUCAACCCCGGUUGGGAGGUUGAGAUUGGUACCUGCCAAGGCACGAUUGAGCACCGCAACACCUUCCGCCGAAAGAUUGAUCCCGUCGUCAACGGUAUCACUGACAUGCAAAAGUUCUCCCCGGUCAAGGAAAUCAAGUCUGAGCGUCCCACUGUGACCAUGUUGUCCCAUGUUUGGUAUGCCAAGGAUAUCAAGACUGCCCUUCUUGCUGCGGAUAUCAUCAUCAACCAGUGGAAGUUCGACGAAUACCAUCUGGACAUCUACGGUGCCAUUGACAAAGCCCCAACAUACUCCACGGAAUGUCAAGAGAUCAUCGCUUCCAAGGGUCUUCGCGGCCGAGUCACACUUUGUGGAACUGCUGACCCUAUGAAGGUCCUGGAAAACACAUGGCUGUUCCUGAACUCUUCUUUGUCCGAAGGUCUUCCUCUUGCUCUGGGUGAAGCUGCUCUUACUGGUGCCCCGGUUGUUUGUACGGACGUCGGUGCUUCCCUCCGCGUUCUCAGUGACCCAGAUGACUUCUCUCGGUUCAGUGCUGUCGUUGCACCCAACGAUGCCCUCGCUCUCGCAAAGGCCCAGAUUGGCAUGCUUGCGAUGCUGGGUGAAUGGAGCAAACACAGCGAGGAUACUUCUCCCGCACCAGUCCUGACAUCCGCUCCCACAGCAGAAGAGGUGGCAGCUAUCACCCGCCGCAUGUAUGAGAAGAGCGAGCACCGCCGCAAGCUCGGCAUGAUGACCCGCAAGAUCGUGCAAAAGUCCUUCAGCGGUGACCGUUACCUCCGCGAACACGAGCAGAUGUUGUGGAUUGGUAAAUCCGCCAAGAUGAUGGCCAGCCGCGCUGCAGGCGACCCGGUCGAGCCCGCCGACGUGGCAGCUGCCAUCGAAACAGGCGUCGAUGAAGAGAUUAUCACGAUUCCCCGCGGCGCUGUUAACUCUUGGCGCUCAUCUGCCCAGUCCGGUAUCUCCACACUAUACAGCACUACCUCUCAACUCCCCGGUCGUGGUGGCUACCAACGUCCUAUGUCCGAUAUCUCUUUCAUGAGCGUGAGCAACAUGUCCACGGAUACCGAGUCCUUUGCUCGCCUGCCUGUAUUUGCACCGAGGCAGUCUAUGAUGUCCAAUACCAGCUCCCCAGGUAACAGAUCGCCCAUGUGGACUUCAAACCAUAGACUGUCUGUGCUGAGUCCCCGUUCCCACUCCCACUCCCGCGCCGGGUCCAAUGCGCGCUCCGUAUCGACCGCUGGUCGAGAACAGCUGCGGGGCCUGCAACGUGAGGAUUUCACGCCGUACCGCAACUCGGAUGUCAGCGUCGCCAACCGCGAGGACUUCAUCAAGGCUGGUGGGCUCAAUCCCAGUCCUUUCUCGUCCUGA